GAAUAUUCCUUUCUUUUUUGUUUCCUCAAAAUAAAAAAUAAAACUUUUUAUUAUCUGCAGGUUUUGCAUUUGUGUUUCUGAUUUGUGUCUACCUAAUCCCAAUCCGUUUCUUUUCAAUCUUCUCUUCGACCCCAUUUCCUUGAUCUGCUUGUUUCUUCCAUCAUCAACUAAUCAUGGUUCUUCACAGAGAACUCGAUCAUCUCUUUUCAUCCCCUUUCGUUGACCCUCCCAAAGAUGAUGCGAAAUCCAGUGGCAUGUCAAUUGAAAAGAAGAUUGAGUUCCUCGAGAGUUUGACUGGAAAGGUCACUAAUCGGAGGUCUCGGAGGUGGUUAAAUGAUCGUCUCUUGAUGGAACUAGUACCGCGUUUAAAUGCAGAGGAAAUUAGAGGCUUGUUUGCUCCACCACCUUGGGGUGAUGAAGUUCCACCUUCAACAUUUUCCAUGACGAACAUGGAGGAGUGGGACAGAUUCAGGAAUAUUGACAUGGAUAAAGAGGUUAAUAUAAUCCAUUCCCUGGAAAACUCUAUAGAAAAGAGGAAAGGUCACAUUGAUGCUGACAAGAUGGCUGUGUUGAAUGGUUGGCAUAGAAUCGAUUGUAGAACAAGAGAUGCGCUUCGCCGUAGUUGUCUUUCUGAGCUCAUUGAGGGUUAUGAGGAAUGUGUACGAGCUUUCAUAACAGAAAGCACAGAUGGAGAUAUUCUUGAACUACAAAUUCAGGAUCCUUUUCAUAGAUUGUUACUGCAUGGAGUUUGUGAGGUAGAUGCAUUCACUGAGUCAGCGUUCAAGGGGAACCCUGCAGCAGUGUGUUUGCUAGAGGAAGAGAAGGAGGACUCAUGGAUGCAAGGGGUAGCGACCGAGUUCAAUCUCUCUGAGACAUGCUACUUGACUCCCAUAGCUGAGUCGGAGAGAUCUGAUAUUUCGCUCAACCGUUUCCGCCUCAGAUGGUUCACUCCUGCUACAGAGGUUGAACUUUGUGGCCAUGCCACGUUAGCAUCUGCACACGUUCUUUUCUCAUCCGGUUUGGUGAAAUCCGAUAUUAUUGAAUUUGUGACUCUGUCUGGAGUUCUAACUGCCAAAAAGGUCUCAGGAAUCAAUGAUGGAGAAGGUGCCUCAGAGGAUGGGCUUUUCAUUGAAUUGGAAUUCCCUGCUGAUACAGUUACUGAAUUCAAUUCUGCUGACAUUUCACAAAUUUCGGCGGCUUUGAAUGAUGCUCCUAUUAUUGAUAUAAAAAGGACAACCGUUGGAGAUCACCUCUUGGUUGAACUUGCUUCAGGAAAAGAUGUUGUAGAACUACAGCCAGAUAUUGGUGCAAUAGCAAAAUGCCCUGGCGGGGGCAUCCUGGUUUCUGGAACUGCUCCUCCAGAGUCUGGAUUUGAUUAUUAUUGUCGAACCUUCUUUCCAAAAGUUGGAAUCAAUGAGGAUCCUAUCACUGGAAGUGCACAAUGUGCCUUGGCACCUUACUGGGCCAAAAAGAUGGGGAAGUGGGAUCUCAGUGUUUAUGCGGCAUCACCUAGAGGUGGAGUUGUCCAUGUUCAUUUUGAUGAUCAGAGCAAAAGGAUAUUGAUGCGUGGAAAGGCUGUAACUGUCAUGAAUGGGUGUGUUAUGAUUUGAACUCGUGUAUAACAUUGCAAAUAUUGAUAGACUCAAAACCUGAAAUUGGAUUAAUCGCCAGGAAUUGGAUUUCGAUACCUGAAUUCUAAUCUCAAGUUGGUGAUUGACAAUACUUAUGUUAUUUUCCAUAUUUGAUAUCAAUAAAGUAUAUAGUCACAAUACAUUUGUGCUUUUCAUGUAA